AUGUUGCAGCAGCUGAUCUGCUUCCACCGGCCGAGAAACUGGUCGUUCUCCGUCGCCUGGGGAUAUUCCGCCGCCAUUUACGAGAAGAUCAUGCCUCGGAGCUAUCUGCAGAACCCCAUCGAAACUUUUCAGACAUGGGACCCCAUUUCCUGGCCGCCGAGCUGGAUUUUCGAUGUCCGCAAACGUGCGGCGACGGACGACGAGCCGUGUCUUGUCCCUCACGCUUUCUUUCUUGAGUCGGUGGAGGAGGGGACUGCGCGGGGGGAUGAGAUUGUUACGACGUACCGGCGGGCGUGGCGGCGAGGCUUGCCAGCUUGCUUCGCCGGCGGCGACAGCGACCAGUCGGCUGACCGGAUUUCCAAGAUUGUAGUAUACUCGCCCGUGACAAAGCCCGCAAAGAUUGGUAGAAGUGAAUGCUGUGAUGUAACGAUCGAUAAUGUUGACUCCGAAAGCGUUGUGAUCAAAACUAGAAGAUGCAUGGCAGAUGACAUCAUUGCUUGA